UAAUCAAUCGUUGGCUUGUAAUUUUCUCCAAUCUACAGACAGAGCAAAUACGACGCGCCAAUCGCCUUUUUGCUUCGGACAGCUUGUUUUUGCGUCAAUUUUUAUUAAUUCCAGUGGAUAAGUCGUCGCCAUAUUACCCGAAAAUAGAUGAAAAUAAUCCACUGGAAAUUAGUUCCAACAACACUGAACUACAAAACAACAAAAACACAGAAAAUGCCGUAAAUAAUGUGAAUGCAACAGAUGUACCAGCGAUCUCAGCUGCGGAUCCGCUUGGUGUAUUCGCCGCAUCAACUAGUAAUUCAACAAAUAAUCCACGUCCAUCCACGCUGCCAGCUCGUCCAUAUUCAAUUGCCGGUGAAUUAUUAGUGCAAAACAGCGACGAUGAUGUAACGAUGAACAAUCACAGCAGCAGUACUAAUAAACAGAGUAAAUCGUUAGACUCUGUGGUGGCCAUGACGCCUGACGAGGAAAAUCGUAAAUGCAUAAAUGAGUUUUUAAGUAAAAUCGAUUCAACCAUAUCAGAAUCGCGAAAAUAUGUGGAAAGGUCUAAAGAGAUGAUUACUAGCCAGAGUGCCAACGAUUUGUUCGUUACCACCGAUUUCGUACAGCACAGACGUAACAAUCACCUAAACCAUUCAUAUAAAACGAAUCAUCAAAACCAUCAGCGUCACAGCUCUUCAGGCAGCACUUCGGACACAGCUCAGCUACUGAAUACUACACAAACGAGACAUGUGCAAAAGUCGCUGAAACGACUGGAAAAGCAGCAGGAUGAAUUUUUCGAAUUGUAGCAUACAAGUAGAAGCUACAUAAAAUGCAACCCUCUGAAUGCCGCUUAUAGAAAUUUUAAUAUUAGUUAU